AUGGAGGGCGUCAAUCAGAUCAUCCAAACCUUUGAAGGUCUUCCAGCAGGAGACCGCGAGACGACAAUGAAAGCGCUCUCGACAAUGAUGCGCGCUGAAAACCAGCGUCAGCCUGCGAAAAAGAAGGUCAACGGGUUUAUGGGGUACCGUGCAUACUACUCAUCGCUCUUCUCCCAGCUCACACAGAAAGACAAGUCGCCUAUUAUGACGAUGCUUUGGAAAGAGGAUCCGUUCCACAAAGAGUGGGAUUUCAUGUGCGCCGUGUAUUCGGCUAUCAGAGAGUUUCUGUCAGACGAGAACAUUACGCUGCAGAACUGGAUUCAGUUUGCCAUCAAGCACAUGGGUAUUGUUGUCCGCGAGAGCUACUUGACGGCAUUGGGCUGGAAAUUGAUCCGGCUCGACGACGGCACCCACAAGGUUGAGCGCACUGCAGUCCGAGGUGUCGAGAGCUAUCUCCAGCCGAUGAAUGGCCUUGGCCUGUUCAUGAACUGCCUUAACGGUGGCCUGCCGGUUGUCAACCCGCUCCCCAUCAUCGCGAAACUCACCGACCUUACCAACGAUGUCAUCUGCGUCAACACACAGCCGGGGGCUGCAACGAAGUCGACCAACACCAUGGAGAGCUUUCGCCAAUUUGCGAAGAAUAACCCGCAUUUAGCCAUGUCGGCGCUCUUCCAGGUCCCCACGGGUCAUCCGCUCAUUAGCCAAGGCGUCACCGUGCACCAGCUCCCCGACCUCGCGGCAACCGAGCCGUUCUUUACAGCCCAGAACGAGGAUCCGGAGCUGGAUGCGAUGCUGGACAGGAUCUUCCAGGGUGAAGGCAACGGCAAUCUUGGCAAUCAGGCCAACACCGGCAAUCAAUUCUACACGAUGGGCAUGGGAAAUGGCGCACCUGGCUUCAAUUGA